AAUGGCCUCCUUUGUGUGCAAAUAUUAUAGAGGGGAACUUUAGCGGGUGUGGUUUGCUAUGAAAAUUUCGAUAAUUUUUGCCACCAAUCAUUUAGCUGACAACAAUCGAAGUUGACGCCUCGUUACAACAAUAAAGGGGAAAAAAGCAAAGUAAAAGUUGGGGAAAGUAGCUGUUAAUCAAAAAAUGGCUGGAACUUUCCGCCCGCUGUUCUUUGUCUUUCUGCGGAAGAACCUGCUCUACUUGCAAUGCAACUUACUAUCUGUGCUUAUUAUCUGCUCUGGAUUUGCCGGAGUCCUCACUGCGUACCUGCACUGGUCCAUAAAGCCCGUGCAACACCAAAUGGAAGAGUUUGAAGCUAAAAAUGAGAUGGUACUUAAAGAAACAUACUUCCCCGGCAAUGAACUCGACUACAUUUACUACGCACCCAAUUCCCCCAAUGUCGAGGACAUUAUGGACUUCCUGCGGGUGGAUCUGGGAAUUGUACCAGAGCGACUUCGGGCCCAUAACGACAGUUUCGAGAUGCAGCUGGAAAUGGAGCAGCAGUGCCGUGGGAGCUGCUUCGCUAUCAACUUCCAACAAGUACCGAAUCGUGGCUCUGGCGGAAAGUUCCGUUACAGCCUCAGCUCGAAUCAGAUGCGUAUUUCGCCCAGAAAGCGCUUUGUGAACGAUGAGGAGAUUAAUCACCAGAAAGAUGAUGACGAUUAUAUUCGUGCCGGUUUCCUGACCUUGCAACACAUUCUUGACAAACAGUAUAUGAAAUACCAGGAGCUGGGGAAAAACUUUGAGGUGCUGGUCAGCUCGAUGCCCAACCUAGAGGUCACUAGCAUGGAUAGCCAUCGUUUGACAUAUUUCGGGACACUGUGCAGCAUCUUGUUCAAUGUUGUUUUACUAAGCACCUUUGUUGUGCCCUUUGUAGAGGAGAAGCAGAACGGACUGAAGGAAUUUCUCAACCUGGUUACGCCCAUGAGUUUUCUCAACGGCCUCACCUUCUUUCUCAUUCGCUUUGUGUGCUACACUGUGCUAAUCAUCUUCGUCCUGGUCGUUGCUUAUUUAUACAAGGCACUGGGAUUGAUUUGCUUCGCAUGCGUGGUGGUGUUGUUCCUGCUUUACAUUUUGUCUACCAUGUCGUACGCAUAUUUGAUCUCCGUUUGCUUCCAUUCGGUUUUCUAUGCGAAAAUUGGUGGCCUGGUAAUGUUGAUCAUUCCCUAUGUGUUCUCUUUUGUUCGAAGCUGGGCCACAUCGCUGGCCUUCGUGUUCUUUAGCACGAACACCUUCCUGGAAGGAUUGGAUAUUUUUCAGACAUUUUCAAAUAAGCAUCGUGAGUUCGGUGCUGCGGAUCUCUUUCGUGAAAUCAAAUACGAUUCUCCGCGGAUGUUUUGGGUCUAUGUUGUGCUAGUUUUUCAAUCAUUUUUGUAUGCUCUGCUUUACCUAUACUUGGGUUGUGUUUUUCCCGGUCCUGGUGGACUAAAGCGUCCGAUUUUCUUUUUCCUAGAUCCGAAGACUUACAAGAAGCGACAACGCAACGAAUACACGACGGCACCCCGUGGCACCCAAGCCAUCAUAAUCACUGAGCUGUGCAAGAAGUUCCAGACAAGCAAGCGCGAGACGCUAAUCUCUGACAACUUAAAUAUGACGAUCAACAACAAGGAGAUUACUGUUCUGCUGGGUCACAAUGGUGCUGGAAAAACUACAAUGAUGAACAUGAUAAUGGGAUUGGUACCAAAGGAUUCGGGAAAGAUAAUUGUGUGCAGUGAGCGCGAUGUGGCCUCCUAUCGCCACCUAAUUGGAUUCUGUCCGCAGCACAGCGUUUUUAUGAGUUACAUGACCUGUCACCAGCACUUGGAGUUCUUUGCCCAGCUGCGGGGAGCUCGCCGUUGUGAUGCACGCGAUUGGGCAGAUGAGAAGCUUAAGAAGCUGGGACUGGGUGAUAAGCGAGACGAAUUCGGCAAGAAUUUGUCUGGAGGCAUGAAGAGGCGGCUUUCACUGGGUAUCGCCAUUGCCGGAAACACCAAAAUCGUCAUCCUUGACGAACCCUCAUCGGGAUUGGACAUUAACUCGCGUCGUGAACUGUGGGACAUUCUACUGAAUCUACGCAAGGAGAAGGCUAUUCUGGUCACCACGCAUUACAUGGAGGAGGCCGAGGUCCUUGGGGAUACCAUCUGCAUAUUGGCCAAUGGCAAACUGCAAAGCAUCGGAAGUCCUUUGCAAUUAAAGCGCAAGUCCGGUAUUGGUUACCGCCUAAAAUUGGAGGUCAACGAUUUUACAUUACAUGAAGCCGAAAUAAUGGAAAUAAUCCAUAACUUUGUCCCCACGGCCAGAGUUUUGAAUGUAGUGCAGCCAACUGUGUACAUUUGCCUACCGUAUGCCUAUAAAAAUUGUUUCGCACAAAUGCUUUAUAAGCUGGAGACCAAAUCAAACGAUCUGGGCAUAAAUACCAUUUCCAUGACGGACACCUCCCUGGAAGAUGUUUUCCUAAGAUGCGCAGGCGAACAGGAUCAAGUGGACACUCCGGAUGGUUCCCGCAAUGAUGCGCCGCUACUGACACCCUACAAAAAACUUCCCAGUCGUCCAGACCAACCCAGUCUUUUUCAACUCUGGAUGGCUGUGUUUUACAAGAAGUGGACCUUUAUCUCCAAUGAAUGGUUAUAUUCUCUGAUAAUGCUGUGCAUUCCCUUUGUUUGCGUGUUUGGGGCUAUACUGGUGAUGCACGCCAUGUCCAUAGUGGAGAACGAGGAGGCUCUGCCCCUGAAACUCAGACAGAUGGGCAGCGGCGUUAUUUACAUCCACAACCCAACGGGCCAUCACGCCCAGGUGGAGCAGCAACUGCGUCAACAGAUCGAGCUGAGCGGAAUCGCAGUGAAAACAAUGCAGCUGCGUGGGAGCAAUGAUGUGAAAAAUGAAUCCCUUGACUUACAACGCGACAACUUGGCUGAUUUCUUGGAACAGGUGAUUGGCAUCAUUGACAUGUACGGAGGUGGGCGUGGCACCUCCGAUACGCCCACCAUUGAGAUCUUCUAUUCAGGCAAUCGCUACCACAGCUCUGUGGAAUUAAUCAACCUGGUGGACUCUGCAAUGCUGAAGCUAGAGCGUCCAGAGUCGGGCAUUGAUACGAUUUACGUGCCUAUUCGUCGAUUUGUUAGCGACAUCAGUCCAUCCCGCCUCGAAUACUAUGCGGUUAUUGUGUCGGUGGGCAUGUUCUUCUUCAUGUUCUAUUUCAUCUCCUUGCCGUUUCGGGAGUACGCCAAUGGAUUCAGACAGCUGCAGACCAUGUCGCGAUUUACUUACUGGUUGGCGCAUUUUACUUUUGAUGUGCUGCUCCUAAUCUUGGUCUGCGUUGCACUGUUCAAUCUGCAAUACUUGGUGAUGCCCUCGGAGCUAUACACAACGGCGCAGCUCAAAGUCAUUGUGCUAAGCAUCUUUUUCUACGGCUGCAGCUACCUACCCAUUCUAUACGCCCUGGGAAACAACUUCAAGUCCAUAUCCACGAUAUCUACUUAUUUGCUUCUGAUGCUGAUUGUGUCGGCUAUUGCCCCACUUAUCACCUCCAACAAUGCGGCGGCCAUGAAACUGCAUGAGACCAAGAUCGCCUUCCUCUGCUUUCUACCGGACUUCAAUCUCAAUCACCAAUUGCGCAUUAUCAAUGAAAACUUUAUAACCCGACGACGUUCGGGACUUAUAAAGGGGCUCAUCUGCGAGGACACCUUCUUUGCCUAUGCCACCGCCGUGUGUGUCCUGGUGAUGGCAUUCUUUACCAUAGUCCUGGAACACAAGUAUUUGCGCAGACGAAUUCAUGAUAGCAUCUGGAAAUGGACAUUCCCACAAAAGAAAUACAAUUCGACGGGCACCAUUCCUAGUACUUCAGUUUCGGAAAUCGAUGAUUGUGCAAAGGAGGAAAAGCGGGUUAACGAUCUGAUAAAAGACCUAUCAUCGAUUACGGAUAAACCUCCAUUGAUAGUGCACAAUCUUCGCAAGCGAUACCGUGAUAAGUUGGCUGUGGACGGAGUGAGUUUUGCGACUGCCCCAGGAGAGUGCUUUGGUCUUUUGGGUGUAAACGGAGCGGGUAAGACAAGCACUUUCCAGAUGAUAGCGGCGAAUUUGCCACUAGAUGGUGGCAGUAUCCGCAUCAAUGGCAUAGAAAUUCGCCAGGAUGAGGUAGCAUAUCGGCAUUCCUUUGGCUACUGCCCUCAGUACGAUGCACUGAAUAAAUUCAUGACCGCUGAGCAGUGCCUGCACUACAUGGCAUUGCUGAGGGGCUUGAGCAGCCGCAGCGAGGGAUCAAACAGCGUCAAGGAGCACGUGAAGUACUGGCUGGAGAAGAUGCAUUUGAUCAAAUAUCAAAACGUGCAGGUGCGCCACUAUUCGGGGGGCACAAAGCGCAAGCUUCUGGCGGCAAUGGCCAUGAUCGGUGCUCCCACUCUGGUCCUCCUGGACGAACCUACCACCGGCGUAGAUCCCAUCUCGAGACGAUUUCUUUGGCAGUGUAUCAAAAACUUUCAGGGAAAGGACCGAACUGUGGUGCUCACCUCGCAUAGCAUGGACGAGUGUGAAGAGCUGUGUAAUCGCUUGGCCAUAAUGGCGCACGGAAAGUUCAAGUGUCUGAACAAUAUAUGCGCCCUAAAGCGACUAAGCGGCUUCACGAUAAAACUGAAAAUGAAGGAGGACACAGAAACCGAGGUGAAUGUGUCCACGAUCACUGGCACCUUAAAAUCGCAGUUUGCUAAUCUGGAACUGCGCGAAAGCCAUGCCGGCACCCUCACCUACUUCGUAAGCACGCAGGAGAGCGUAGUCCUUUGGUCGAAUGUUUUCAAAAUAGCGGAGGACUAUCUGGGCGAUCGCUUAAGCGAUCUCGUGGCCGACUAUUCGGUGAACGAGUGCACCCUGGAGGAUAUUUUUCUCAAGUUUGAUAGGGAGGCGAAAUCACAAUCGGCGUCACGUCAAACAUCCGUACAACGAAGUCCGGAAAGCAGCUACGUUUAGGCCUGAAAGGCGGGGUGUCGGAGUAUCAGUUAGGAUGAGCACAAGACUGCCGUCGUGGGGGAUCGGGCACAUAUCUUCCGCGGCACCAUCUAUCAUCUGUACAAAUUCCACUAAUCACGUCUCUCUGACAGUAUUCUAUUCGACUAUGAAUCUCUUAACCUUAUCCUCUCGGCGACGGUCUACUGGGCUCUGGGCAGUCGGCGGGAUUCUUCUACUUAACGUAUAUAUAAAACUAAUAUCCCAAAAGAAACUAUGUGUAAGUUAUAAAAAAAAUAAAAGAUUAUUAUUUUUUAUAAUUGAGAAAUUAAA